AUGAUAUUGAUCCCAAGUUCCAUCCUCGUCUGCUGGAGGCCAACGAUGCCAUUACCGAUUCCCCUGAAGGCUUUGUGGGGGUUUACCAAGUGUUCUUCAAAAUUUGGGUUGCGUCUUCCUGCUUUCGAUUUUCUAGAAACUGUUCUGGAUUAUUAUGGUCUACACAUCGCCCAAAUUGCCCCUAACGACUUUUGCAAGAUCCUUUGCUUUACCCUGUUAUGCGUCGCUCUGGAUGUGUCGCCGACCAUCAACCUAUGUUGCCAUUUCUAUAUUACGAUGUCCAACGGGGAUUGGGUUUCUUUCUCCCUUUGCCAUGGUUUGGUGGAACUUUGUGACGGUCUUCCCAGCUCCAUAAAGUAUUGGAAGGAGGAAUUCUUUUUCGUUCAUGCCUCUGCUUUCUCAGGCCCCAUGGUGUACGACGCUACUGCUGACAGGGCCGCUGACCGUCCCGGAGCUAUCGCCCGACAAGCAACUAUUAAAGGAGAGACUAUCGGACAAUUUUGUUCGAUGAGCGGACCCCGACGAAGUGAUGCUGGGUAUGUAUGGCAUGAGUCCCCAUUGGAACCGUUUGUGUAA